AUGAACUUCAGCACAGAAGCCUGCCCGGAGCAGGGGGGCUCCUUUCCCUCCAGGCCAUCCAACCUGGUCCGCAUCUUCAUCAGCUCGGCUCCUUCAGGUAACGAAGCACAGUCUGGGAAGCCGCAGCCGGCCGGCAGUGCAGUGCAGUGGGGAGGCCGUGCCUGCUUUGUGGAGCAGCUGGAGCCAGCCACCACCUUUCCUGAAGUCCAGUGCAGAGGAACGGGAGCGGGGAAGACUGUGCUGGUUCAGAUGGGGCUGAUCGACAGACCAGUGUACUUCAGAGCUGUGGAGUGCACAGCUGGAAUCCUGUGCCUUGUCUCACGCAAUGACUUCCCUGUGAUCCCAUGCAGCCUCCAUUUCACCGUCAGACAUGCCUCAGUCAUCUGCAGCUCCACCGGUCUCUGGCUAACCUUUUGGGGCUGUUGCGAGGACUCAGCCGCUGAGAGGAAUGCACUCAUGGAGGUCGCCUACCCAGAGGUGCAAGCCUUCUGCCAAAAACAAGGUUUGAUGUUUGAGAUGAUUGAUCUGAGAUGGGGCAUACAUCAUGACAUGGACACUGGCCAUAUGGCUACGACAGCACUCCUUCUGGAGGAGAUCAGACGCUGUCAAUCACUAUCUGUGGGUCCCAGCUUUGUUGCACUGCUGGGCAAUCAGUACGGUCACUGUCCUGCCCCCCUGACCAUCAAGGACCAGGAAUUCGAGGUCUUCAGGGCUCACUUCCUGGGGGAGCCCCACACCUUGCAGCUCCUGGCCCAGUGGUACCAGAAGGAUGAGAAUGCUGUCCCUCCUCUCUACGUCCUGCACCGCCCACCCCAGGCCAGCCCUGCCCAAGAGAAAAGCGUCCUCCUGGCCCUGCGCAGGGCUGCCCGGGAAGCAGAAAGGCACGGACUCAUCAGUGGGGAGCAGCACCAGCUUCUCCAUCAAUCAGAGAUGCACCGGGAGAUCGAGGCUGGCCUCUUCAGCGCUGGAGACCCUGGCCUGGGUGCACUCGUUUUCUUCAGGGAAGCCGAGGACCUCAUGGUGCCCCAGUUAGGUGGCGAGAGCCCACAGCUGGGGGAGAAGGAGGCAGAUGGUGCCCCAGACUCUGAGGACCAGCAGAUGUUGGCAGCCCUGAAGGGGAAAAUCACAGCCCUGCACCCCCAGCAGCUCAAGAUGCACACGGUCCCACGCAGCUGGGACCCCGCCUACCUCUGGCACAAGCCACGGUCCAAGUACCUGAAGGAACUCUGCAAACAGUUCUCUGCUGCCACCAGUCAGCACGUGCUGGCGAUCCCGCGAUCCCAAGAAGGUGGCCACGGGCAACCACGCCGUCUACUCCAGGAGCUGGCCCACCACCAGUCUCUCGGACACGAGAAGAGCCAGGCCUUCUGCUGGCAGGGGGCACUGUUGGACCGCAUCUGUCUGCGCAUGAAGCAGGAUGCAAGCCAGGCCCAUGCCCCGCUCGUUGUCCGAGGGCCGCCGGGCUGUGGGAAGACAACCUUGCUGUGUCACCUGAGCCGGGCUGCGCAGGCCGUCCUGGGGCCGGGGGCGCUGGUGGUGCUGCGGCUGCUGGGGACCUCCCAGCUCAGCUCUUCCCUCGACAGCCUGCUCCACAGCAUCUGCCUGCAAGUGAGCCUGGCUCUGGGCCUGCCCUCUCCUCACUCAGAGGGUGCAGGCAACCCCGUCUUGCUCUUCCGCCACCUCCUUCUCCAAGUCUCUCACCAGGGCACGAAGCCCCUCAUUCUUCUCCUGGACUCCAUGGAGCAGCUGGGCAUGCCCAGAGGUGCCCAUCCGGCCUUCUGGCUGCCCAAGAUCUGCCCUCCGAAGGUGCACCUCGUACUCUCCACUCUGCUGGCAGAACAUCCUGCUCUGCACCAGGUCCUCGUAGGGCCUGAGGACUGUUUCGAGAUGGGGCCUCUCUCCCAGGAGGAAGCUGGAGAGGCACUGGCCAAACAUCUGGCUGCUGCAGGGCGGACAGUCACCCCUGCCCAGCAGGCUUUGUUCCAGCAAAGUUUCCCAGAAGGUGGGCUUGCCCUGCCGGUGGCACUGGCCAUCGCCGAAGCCCAGCGAUGGGCUUCAGGCACUCCACCCUUGGCGCAGGCAGUUUCACUCUCAGCCACAGAGGAGGCACAUCGCCUCUGUGGGUUUCUGGAACAGGUCCACGGCCCCAUUUUGGUGAAGCGCGCCCUGAGCUACCUGGCCUGCUCCCGGUCUGGCCUGUCAGAGACAGAGCUGAAAGACAUCCUGUCCCUUGACAAUGAGGUCGUCUGUGAGAUUUACCAGCUCCGUCCUCCUCCAAGCAUGGCAGUCCUGCGUGUCCCGCCCCUCUUAUGGGCACGGCUGUACCAGGACUUGGCAAAAUGGCUGGAGGAGAGGUGGGCUGACGGCUUCCUCCUGGUGGGCUUUGGACACAGGGAGUUUGCAGCGGUUGUAGAAGGACGCUACUUGUUUGCUCCAGAGGAAAGAACCCGGUGCCACCUAAUCCUGGCUGACUUCUUUAGGGGGACCUGGAGCUGGGGCAUGAAGAAGCCGGUGGAGCUCCCAUCCUCGAGCAAGCCUGUGAGCAUUGACAGGAAGGUCACUCCUCAGCCUCUGUGGUUCUCCGGCACGACAGCCAACCAGAGGAAGUUGAACGAACUGCCCUUCCAUUUGCUGCGGGCAGGACGGCUGGAGGAGCUGCAACGAGACAUUUUCGGGAACGUGAACUGGGUCGCCUGCAAGGCUGUCGUUUCUGGGGUGGAGAGCCUGGCCGAGGACAUCGAGGCAUACCUUGCGCAUACCAGCUGCCCAGAGCUGCAGCUCCUACAAAACUUCUUCCUGCUCCUGCAGCCUGUCUUGAGCAACACGGAGGGCCCGGCAGAACUGAGCAUUAUCUGCACAGAAGUGUUGGCAAGGCUCGAUUUCCUGGUGCCUUCCUACCCCAGCCUCAUCGGGAACCUGUGCCAGCAGUGCGAGAACUGGCUUGGUGCCCGACCCCACCCAGUCUUCAUCCCUCUCUGUGGAUUUCUCUACCCACCAGAAGGACCUCUGCGGAAAACGCUUACUGGAUCCCCCAAAGGCACCACCGUGCUGGAAUUGAGCCCGGAUCACAGGGUACUGUUGGCCGGCUCUCGGGACGGCUCCAUGAUCGUGUGGGACACGGGAGAUCUCUCGGUGCUGCAUGUCCUCACGGGUCACUCUGCUGAGGUGAGGUGCGUGAGGAUAUUUGGGAAAGGGACGCGCGCUGCCUCCGCUGCCCUGGAUCACACCUUGCGCCUCUGGAGCCUGGCUUCUGGCAGAGAGGAGCUCUCCAUCCACAACAGCCACGCUGGAGGCCAGGACUGGAGCCAGCUUCACGUCGACGAAAAGAACGGCAUCGUGCACUGGGUGUCCCGCUCAGAGGUCAGCGCUUGGCACCUGGAGACGGCAGUGCCUGCUUUCCGGAUCUCCACAGAGGCUCUGGACGGGUGGCUCCUCACAGCCGUCUUUGUGCCAAGGCUGGUGCUCGCGACGGUGUCCGAGAAGGGAGCCCUCUGCCUGUGGCACGGUGGCACAGGACAGCUGCACUCCAAGCACACGCUUGCGGGGCUGGGGGAAGAGGCUCCCACCUCCAGCGUGCUGCUCCCCAAGCUGGGCAGGAUGAUGGCUGGCUUCAGCAGAGGGUCCCUCUUGACGGUCUCCUCGGAUGGAAACACCCUGCUGGAGAAGCUCCCUGAGGGGAUCCGCUUCCUGGUGCUUUCGGAAGAUGAACGUCUUCUUGCCGCAGGCUUUGGGCGGUGCGUGAGGGUUUUCUCGGUCGACUCGAAAGGAUCCCGCAGCCUCCUGGCCUCCGACCUGAUGCACAACGGGGAGGUUCAUGCGGCCGCCAUCUCGACGGACAACGCCACUGUCUUCACAAGCUCUUGUGGAGAGUAUAUCUGGGUGUGGAGCUUAUCCCAGCAGGGUUUGCUGACUGAUGUUCUGGGAGAUACCGGGGCUCCCAUCAUGCACUUGGCCCUCUGGGAGAGCACCCUGGUGUCAGCCUCUCCUCAUACCCAUUACCUCAGAGUCUGGGACCUUGGCUAUGACCGCAGGCACAAGCCACUGCCUCCUUUCAUGGCUUGCCCGAGGCGCACAGCCCUGUCCCACGAGGCGAAAUACGUCUACUUUCCCCAAGACCAUGACAGUUGCAAAGUCGUCAUCUGGGACUCGGAGGAAGGCCGGGCUGACGAGGUGCUGGACGCCUCAGCCCCUGUGCGGUGCUUGGAAGUGGCGGAGCAGAGGAGUCUCCUCUUUGCGGGGCUGGCUUCGGGAGCUGUGCUGGUGUUCCCCUUGGAUGCCAGGCAAGACGCUGGGUGCAUCCCACCUGCGGAGAACCAAAAGCCCAUCAACCACCUGGCCCUGACCCAGCAUGAGGAGCAGCUGGCCAUUGCCUGUGACGACCUGGUGCAGGUCCUUGAUAUGGAGCAAGGGGGAUCCGGCCCGCUGAUCCACCGCCCCACCUACACCUUUUACACGCAGAUCCCAGGCGCCGCAAUCUCCAGUGUGGCCCUCCUGGCUGGAUACCGGGUGCUGUACGGCAUGACGAGUGGCGAGCUCUUCCUUUACGACUGCUCACAGGCCCAGGUGUUCCCCUUGGAAGCACACGGCAACCAAGUCACCUGCUUGAAAACCAGCUAUGGAGAGAAAUGGGCUGUGAGUGGCUCAGUGGAUUCGCUCCAGUGCCUCUGGGAUGUGGAGCUCUGUCUCUGGAAGCACAAGAUGUUAUUUCAGAAGCAAGACUCCUUCUCACAUGGUGUUCUGUGUGCCUGCUUCUCCAAGGAUGACCGGUAUGUGUUCACUGGAUCAUUGGAUCAGUCCAUUACUGCAUGGGAUGUCUCCCAGGGGGUCCUGCUGGCAGUUCAAUUUGUGCAUACAAGUAUUACCAGGAUUGUGCCGACAGCAGAUGGCUUUGUGGCAACAACAAGACUUGGCUAUCUCAUCAGAGAGAGAUUCCACUGUCCUCAGGCCACCAGCCCUCUCUAUGACCCACUUCGUCCACCUCGUGGCCCGCAGUCAUCUGCCUUGGUGACCGUCCCUAUCGGCACGCAAGCGAACGAAACCGACAGUCGGGAAACCUCCAGAGCCUUAAACCAGAGCGGCCUCCGCCCUCCCCGCUCCCAAACACCGGAAGCCCGAGGGCUUCCCCUCGGAGGCCCGUGCGAGUCGCUCCGCCCCUUCCGGUCCUCGUCUUUCCCCGUCCGGCUGCCUCCCUGCCCCAUCCCUCGCGAAAGUUCCGUGCGCCGCCAGCAGGCGACGUGCGCGGGAGGAGGAGGAGGAGGGGCGGCGGCAGCAGCACCACCCCCCGAGAAGCUCCCCGUUCACGUAGAGGAUGCCCUCUCCUACCUGGACCAGGUGAAGAUCCGCUUUGGCAGUGACCCGGCCACCUACAACGGAUUCUUGGAAAUUAUGAAAGAGUUCAAGAGUCAAAGCAUCGACACCCCCGGCGUCAUCCGGCGUGUCUCUCAGCUAUUCCAUGAGCAUCCUGACCUCAUUGUGGGCUUCAAUGCUUUCCUGCCUUUGGGUUACAGAAUAGAGAUUCCAAAGAAUGGGAAGCUCAGCAUCCAGUCCCCUCUGGCUGGCCAGGUCUCUCUGGAGCCAGUUCAGAGUCCCUUCUUGCUCCACUAUUGCCAGGAUAAGGCCCACAACCAUGGCGACUGCCCUGAGGAGUUCCGGCAGCAGCUGCCCUGCAAGGACGACAAGCUUCAGAUGCCGCUGGAGUCGGAUUCGGUGGAGUUCAACAACGCCAUUAGCUACGUGAACAAGAUCAAGACCCGCUUCCUUGACCACCCCGAAAUCUACCGCUCCUUCCUGGAAAUCCUUCAUACGUACCAGAAGGAGCAGCUGAGCGCCAAAGGCCGGCCGUUUCGAGGCAUGUCGGAAGAGGAGGUGUUCACAGAAGUAGCCAAUCUCUUCCGGGGCCAGGAAGAUCUGCUCUCUGAGUUCGGACAGUUCCUUCCUGAAGCCAAGAGGUCUUUGUUCAUGGGAAAUGGGCCCUGUGAUGGAAACAGCAUUCCCAGGAUGGAACACGAGAAGUCCGCGGAGCACAGCAAGAAGCGGUCAAGGCCCUUGCUGCUCCGCCCCGUUCCUGGGCCAGCAAAGAAGAAGAUGAAGCUGCGAGGGACUAAGGACCCGUCAGUUGCAACCGUGGGAAAAUACGGGACUCUGCAGGAGUUCUCCUUCUUUGACAAGGUGCGCAGAGUCCUCAAGAGCCAGGAGGUCUAUGAGAACUUCCUCCGCUGCAUCGCUCUCUUCAACCAAGAGCUGGUGUCGGGCUCUGAACUUCUGCAGCUGGUCACCCCUUUUCUGGGGAAAUUCCCUGAACUCUUUGCCCAGUUCAAGUCCUUCCUGGGUGUGAAAGAGCUCUCCUUUGCCUCCCCGCUGAGUGACCGCUCUGGGGACGGGAUGUGCCGGGAGAUUGACUACGCCUCCUGCAAGCGCAUCGGCUCCAGCUACCGGGCCCUCCCCAAGACCUACCAGCAGCCCAAGUGCAGCGGCAGGACGGCCAUCUGCAAGGAGGUGCUGAACGACACGUGGGUCUCGUUCCCCUCCUGGUCUGAGGAUUCCACUUUUGUGAGCUCCAAGAAGACACCCUAUGAAGAGCAGCUGCACCGCUGUGAGGACGAGCGGUUUGAGCUGGACGUGGUCCUGGAGACCAACCUGGCCACCAUCCGGGUGCUGGAAAGUGUGCAGAAAAAACUGUCCCGCAUGUCGCCAGACGACCAGGAGAAGUUCCGGCUGGAUGACUGUCUGGGUGGCACUUCAGAGGUGAUCCAGCGCCGGGCCAUCUACCGCAUCUAUGGUGACAAAGCCCCAGAGAUCAUUGAGAGCCUGAAGAAGAACCCUCUUACUGCAGUCCCUGUCGUCCUGAAGAGGCUGAAGGCCAAGGAGGACGAGUGGCGCGAGGCCCAGCAAGGCUUCAACAAGAUCUGGCGGGAGCAGUAUGAGAAGGCCUACCUGAAGUCCCUCGACCACCAGGCCGUGAACUUCAAGCAGAACGACACGAAGGCCCUGCGCUCCAAGAGCCUGCUCAACGAGAUCGAGAGCGUCUACGACGAGCACCAGGAGCAGCACUCCGAGGGAAGGGGAGCAAUGAACGAGCCGCACCUCAUCUUUGUCUACGAGGACAAGCAGAUCCUGGGCGACGCGGCUUCCCUCAUCACCUACUACGUGAAACGGCAGCCGACCAUCCAGAAGGAGGACCAGGCCACCAUCCGGCAGAUUGUCCAGCGCUUUGUUCCUGACCUGUUUUUCUCACAGCUGCCCGAGCACCCUGUUCCAGAAGAGCUCCCCAGUGAGGAGAAGGGCGGCCUCAAGGCCGCCCCUCUGGACACGCGUGACUUGCGGAAGCGGAACGCCACGGGCCCCCAGCCCAGCCCCCUGGAGAGCAAGGCGCCCGCCGUGGAGGCGCAUGAGCUGCGGAAGAGGCCUGUCCCGGGGCCCCCUCCCAGCCCCCUGGAGGAGAAGCCGCCUGCCCCGGAAGGAGGCCAUGAGCUGCGCAAGAGGAACCCCCCACCGGGGCCGCCCACGAGCCCUGCCAGCGCCAAGGGGGCCCCUCCCCGCCCCCUGGGGCCCCAUCGCUCGCUGGAUGACGUCUACACGCUCUUCUUUGCCAACAACAACUGGUACUUCUUCCUCCGCCUCCACCAGACGCUGUGUGCCAGGCUGCUCAAGAUUUACCGCCAGGCGCAGAAGCAGCUUCUGGAUUACCGGACGGAGAAGGAGAAGGAGAAGCUCCUUUGCGAAGGCCGGAAGGAGCGCUCAAGCGACCCCGCCCUGGAGCUGAGGCUGAAGCAGCCAAGCGAGGUGGAGCUGGAGGAAUAUUACCCAGCAUUCCUGGACUUGGUGAGGAAUCUGCUGGACGGCAACAUUGACCCCACCCAGUACGAGGACACCUUGAGGGAGAUGUUCACCAUCCACGCCUACAUUGGCUUCACCAUGGACAAGCUGGUGCAGAACAUCGUUCGGCAGCUGCAUCAUUUGGUUAGCGAUGAUGUCUGCCUCAAGGUGGUGGAGCUGUACCUUAGUGAGCGGAAGCGGGGCGCAGCCGGGGGCAACCUGUCCUCGCAGUGCGUGCGGGCGGCCAAGGAGACGAGCUACCAGUGGAAGGCCGAGCGCUACAUGACGGAUGAGAACUGCUUCAAGGUGAUGUUCCUUCAGAGGAAGGACCAGGUGAUCAUGACCAUUGAACUGCUGGACACAGAAGAGACCCAGACUGAAGACCCGGUGGAGGUCCAGCACUUGGCUAACUACGUGGAGCAGUACAUGGGGGUGGAGGGCGCCCUGAGCGGUCAGAAUGAAGGCUUCGUUUUGAAACCCGUCUUCCUGCAAAGGAACCUUCGGAAGUUCCGUCGCUGGCAGUGCCAGCAGGUCCAGGCCUGGCGCAACAAAGCCAAGAGCUCUUGGAAGCAGCUGAUUGGGGUGGAGAGUGCCUGCAACGUGGACUGCAAGUUCAAGCUGAACACCCACAAGAUGCUGUUUGUCACGAACGCGGAGGACUACAUGUACCGCCGGGGGGCCCUGUCCCGGGCCAGUCGGGCACAGCCCCUCGUCUUGCUGCGGCACCACCGGCACUUUGAGGAGUGGCACCAGCGCUGGCUGGGGAGGCACGUGACUGCGGAGGCCGCGGAGCUGGUCCAGGACUGGCUGAUGGGGGACGAGGACGAGGACUUGGUGCCUUGCAAGACCACCUGUGAGACCACGAGCAUCCACGGGGUUCCGGUCAACCGCUACCGGGUGCAGUACAGCCGCCAGCCAGCCUCUCCCUGACUGCCAGGCCUCUGGGACCCGCGUGGGCGCCGUGUAUGUAUCCCUGGUAUUUCUCUGGCCAGCAUUUUCCUUUGGGUUAUAUGAGAGUUGGGGACAAGGAAGGCAUGUUUUUUUCCCCCACGCGGCACAGACGAGAUUUGCCCUGGCUGGGCGGAACUGGAGCCCCUGUGCAAACUGGGGCUAGUCAGCAGUGUGUGCUGAGAGGGCGUUCGAACCUGCCAGAGAGUCUUUUGGCUGGAGGAAAGGGGGCCGGAGUGUGUGUUGAGCAAACUGGGGGCCGGAGGCACAGAGCCAAGCCAGAAAGUCUGUUUCUGGCCUGUGGGCUAAGGUUACCGGGCCUCUGGCAAGGGCCUGCCGCUCCAGCGCCGUGGGCCCGUGUGAGGCUGCCGUGAGGGCCCUUUCCCCUGUCUUUCCCUGGCUCUGGUCCGUGGCCUCUGCUUCCGUGUAAUUCCGGCAGCUGUUCCACGUCAUAGGACAACUGGUGAACCGCCAGCCCUGCGGUGUUUGCACAAAGGGAGGAGGGUGCUGUUCUGUCAGGGCUCGGAGAAGGUCGGGAUCGGCUUGCAACCUGGUGGGGCUGCUGACCCUCUUUUCCCGAUUGCUGGUGCAAAUACGAUGUGCUCAGUGGGUUUCAAAGGGCCUGGUGGAUCCCCUCAACACUCCGGUAGCCGC